UUCGGUAGUUCCGGGCGGACGCGGUUGGAGGGCUCACAGGCCCGGCGCUGGCUCAGCUUGGGACCCCCGUGGCUCCGCGGGGAGCAGCUGGCUGCGGAGCCGCUCCGCUGCCUGGGGGCGUUCCUGCCGAGUGUUGCCGGCGUCCACGCACCGCGGCCCGGAGCUCCGCUGCACGGCUCCACGCCGCGCUCUCCCUUGUCUCGUCCAGGCUGUCGUGGACAGUAGCGGCCUCGCCAGCAUCGUGCUUACUCUUGCUGUCUUUUUAAAUUAAAAAUCAGGCCGAGAGAGGGGCCGGGCCAGGCGCAGACGCCAAGACAAGUGGUGUGUGUCCCGUUGUCAAUUGCUGAACCUCUCGGGAGGGGGAUGGCUCAGCUCUUGCUCCAGGACUGCCAUGGGUGUUCAUAGACUGGAUCUGACAGCUCCGUGAGCAAACGUUUCAUUAACUUCAAGUGUGGAAUUCAGUGCCCUGCAGACUAUAGCAUGACUAUAUGAAGGAAGAGGAAAGUUUUUCUGAAGAUGAGGCGACUGAAUCGGAAAAAAACCUUAAGUUUGGUGAAAGAGUUAGAUGCCUUUCCCAAGGUUCCUGACAGCUAUGUGGAGACAUCAGCCAGUGGGGGAACAGUUUCUCUAAUAGCAUUUACCACUAUGGCUUUAUUAACAAUAAUGGAAUUCUCAGUGUAUCAAGAUACGUGGAUGAAGUACGAAUAUGAAGUAGACAAAGAUUUUUCUAGCAAGUUGAGAAUCAACAUAGACAUCACUGUUGCUAUGAAGUGUCAGUAUGUUGGAGCAGAUGUACUGGAUUUAGCAGAGACCAUGGUUGCAUCUGCAGAUGGUCUGUCUUAUGAACCAGCAGUAUUUGACCUUUCACCCCAGCAGAGAGAGUGGCAGAGGAUGCUGCAGCUGAUUCAGAGUAGGUUGCAAGAAGAACAUUCCCUUCAAGACGUGAUAUUCAAAAGUGCUUUUAAAAGUGCAUCAACAGCACUGCCACCAAGGGAAGAUGAUGCAUCACUGACUCCAGAUGCGUGCAGAAUCCACGGUCAUCUAUAUGUCAAUAAAGUAGCAGGGAAUUUUCACAUAACUGUGGGCAAGGCAAUCCCACAUCCUCGAGGGCAUGCACAUUUGGCAGCACUUGUCAACCAUGAUUCUUACAACUUUUCUCACAGAAUAGAUCAUUUGUCUUUUGGAGAGCUUGUUCCAGGAAUUAUUAAUCCUUUGGAUGGAACUGAAAAGAUUGCUGUAGAUCACAACCAGAUGUUCCAAUAUUUCAUUACAGUUGUGCCAACAAAGCUACACACAUACAAGAUUUCAGCUGACACCCAUCAGUUUUCUGUGACAGAAAGGGAGCGCAUCAUUAACCAUGCUGCAGGCAGCCACGGAGUCUCUGGAAUAUUUAUGAAAUAUGAUCUCAGUUCUCUCAUGGUGACAGUCACUGAGGAACAUAUGCCUUUCUGGCAGUUUUUUGUAAGACUCUGUGGUAUUAUUGGAGGAAUCUUUUCAACAACAGGCAUGUUACAUGGAAUUGGAAAAUUUAUAGUGGAAAUAAUUUGCUGUCGUUUCAGACUUGGAUCCUACAAGCCCGUCCAUUCUGUCCCCUUUGAAGAUGGCCACACAGACAACCACUUACCUCUUUUAGAAAAUAAUACACAUUAGCACCUCCUGGGUGGAAAAAAACUUUUUGCCUGAAACGUAAAACCUUUUCUAAUAAUAAAAUGUUGUGCAAUAUAUUCAAAGAAAAGAAAAUAUGAGAACCAGGAAACAUACUUAUUUAAA